AUGAGUGGUAGAGCUGGUAGAAGAGGUAUAGAUGAUAAGGGAGUGUGCAUUUUAAUGUGUGAUGAGAAGAUGGACUAAGAAGUGGCUAAAUCUAUGCUCAAGGGAAAAUCAGAUUGUUUGAAUUCAUCAUUCAGGUUAUCAUACAAUAUGCUUAUCAAUUCUAUGAGGAUGGAAGACACAGAUCCAGAAUUCAUUAUCAAGAAGUCUUUCCAUCAAUUCUAGAAUGAUAGGUAAUUACCUGAAAUGAAGGAGAAGUUACAGGACUUCAAACAAAAACGAGACUAAAUAUAAAUAGAAAAUGAAGACAAAUUGGGUAAUUAUCAUGAUCUAAUCUCUUAAUCUACACACGUCUAUAAUAAAAUAAGGAAGAUUAUCUAUCAACCAUAAAUAGUCUUACCAUUUAUGCAUAUUGGCAGAAUCAUUAGAAUCAAAGGAUCAGAUGGAGAUUGGGGAUGGGGUAUAUCAAUCAAUUUUAUGUAAAAGAAGUUUGGCAAUAAAAAGAAUAAAGAUCAAGAGUAAUCUAUCAUUUUAGAUGUGAUGUUGUAUGUUCAAAAAAGAAAGAAGAAUGAACCACUCUAGCCUCAAUUAUCACUUGAUUAAGAGGGAGAGUUUGAAAUAGUACCAGUGUCUAUUGAGUAACUCUAUGAGAUCAGCACUAUCAAAUUGAAUUUGCCCAAGGAUCUCAGAACCAAUGAAAGCAAAUAACAAAUUAAAUAAACCAUGAUUAAAUUGCUCAAGGAAUUUAAAGGGUAGCCACCUCUUAUUCAUCCAAUUAAGGACAUGAAGAUCAAUGAUGAUUAAUUGGAUAAAUUGUUAGAAUAGAGACAAUAACUAUUGGAGCAAGUAGAAUAAGUGAAGAAGGACCUAAACAAUUAGAAUUUGGAAUAGGAAUUAUAGACCUAUGAUGAGAAAAUCAAACUGGGUUAAACAAUUAAAUUGUUGAAUAAGUAAAUUGAGGAAAGUUCACAAAUGGUUUUGAGUGGAGAUCUUAAGAGAAUGAAAAGAAUUCUAAGAAGAUUGCAAUAUAUAUCCAAGGAUGAAAUUGUGUAAAUGAAGGGCAAAGUGGCUUGUGAAAUAUCAGCAGGAGAUGAAAUUAUGUUAACUGAACUAUUAGUCAGUGGUCUCUUCAAUGAUUUGGCUUCAGAAGAAAUUUGUGCUGUAUUGAGUGUCUUUGUACAUGAUGAAAAUAAUAGUGAAAAAUUCUAAUUAAAAAAUGAUAAAAUGCAAUAAUUGUACACAAAAGUGCUUGAUUAGGCUAAAUACCUUUAUACUGUAUAUACAGAAUCUAAAAUGAAUAUUGAUGAGAAAGAGUACUUAGCAACAUUUAAGAGUUAAAUGAUGGAAGUAACACUGGCAUGGUGUCAGGGAUAGUCUUUCUUGUAAAUUUGCAAGAUGACUGAUUUAUUCGAAGGAUCUAUCAUCAGAUGUCUAAGACGAUUGGAUGAAUUAAUAAAAUAAUUGGAGGAGGCUGCUAAAGUGAUUGGUAAUAAGGAAUUGGAAAAUAAGUUUAAGGAAAGUUCUAAGAAGCUUAAGAAAGGUAUUGUUUUUGCUGCAUCUUUAUAUUUGUGA